CUUGUCGAAAUUAAGAAUGGAAAGGUUAUCUUUAAGCAAAAACCAAUUUCCUUCGAGAAGACAUCAGAGACCAUGCAAGGCAAGUCGUCGUGGACAAUCGUCAAAUUUCGAGAAAUGCUGGAUAAGCGUGCCAAUAACGUUGCUCAGCCACUAACCAACAUUCCGGAUGAGAACAAGCCCGUAAUCGUCAAGUUGGCUCAAGAGAGUGACAAGAGUGCUGCGGCUCUUGCUAAACAAAUGCGUUCAACUCUGCUGCCGGGACAAGGUGAAGUUGACGAAGCUUACCGUACAGCUCUCGAGUCUUGCCUUCCCCUCUCUGCAAUUGAGCAUGCCAUCAAGACGGUGAUGAAACGGGUUAAUUAUGGUCUUGAUUGCCACUCGGUCCAAAAGCCUCCUGCUACUAUUUGUGUCUGGCGUUGGGAAGUGCAAGACGCGUUUAAGGACUGGUUGCCGAAGUCUGCUAGAGAGACCGCGGAAGCCAGAAUGACCGAGCGUGUCCAGGCGAGUAAGAUCUGUAGUGCUAUCUUCGAACAUCUUCCCAAGGCUCAACAAGACGCUAUCCUUGAUCCGAAGGGCACCAGCAAGUCCCCAACCAAGGAUGCGGGAUUACCCUCCGGGCACGCCUCCGCCAACUUGAAUUCCGCAGAGAAACAAAAUAUACCGCAUGGAACUACUUCGAUACCCACCGGCGACGAUACCGUUAGUAAUACUGAUGUCCCCAUUUCUACCACUCAUUCUGACAAGGAGAAAGAAGAGAGGAAAGCGGCGAGGGUAGAAAAAGAAAGAAAACAGAAAGAAGCUCAAGAUAAAUCACGUUCUAUACUGGCAAAUUUCUUCGGGAAGGCUAAGGUAUCCAGUCAAGAUUCACCCGCAAAAGAUUCGAUCGCCGCAGCCAAUCCGUUAGCAAUCGAGAAUGAUUUUCAAAGAACUUUCAAGCCCUUUGUGCUAAAGAAAGACGCCGAAUGCGCACCUCACAAUUGGUUCCUGGAAUCAAAAGGGACAAGGCCUGGGACCAAGGGGAGGGGCAUCACCCACGACGAUGCAAUUGUCAUCGACGACACUGAUGCGGCCAGCGAUACACAAGCCUACGCGCCUUCGUCAGACGAGCCGGCCGCACAUAGCGAACCUGCUGAGUUACAGAACAUCUUGAAAUUGUUUAGGCGACGGAGUUUGAUGCGGCCUGCAAGGAGGAGCGUGUCUUCAUUCAAGACUUCCAACCCACGGACCGUACGAGACGUUAUGGCGCAACUCGGCGAAGCAGAGAUAGCCGGUGACCCGUCCCAAGUUCGUCAUCUGCUGAAAAUAUUGAGCGACCGCAAGCUUCUACCCGCUAAAGUCCUUAUUUUUAACGAAGACGCCCGCCCUGGAUAUUACGGCACCUGGACUAGAAACUCUCGUAUCGUUGGGCCCCGCGCCCCCUUCGCGAAAGAUUUCCUAGCACGCGAUUACGGGUAUGACAGCGGGGAGGAGUGGGAGGAUGAGGAUCCUGCUCAAGCGGACGACGUAGUGGAUGAUGGGGAGGAAGACGAUGCGGACGGCGAUGAACCAGACUCUGACCUUGAUAGUUGGCUUGUAGAUGAUGAGGAAGUGCAGACCCCUUCUAUCCCGGAUUCACGAGAUCCGUCACCUUCCUCAGCUGCCAAUCUAAUCAUGCCCCCACCGAAACGAAAGGCGGAGGACCCGGGCAAGCAACAGGAGAAGAAGCGGAAGGUAGUGGUACAAUUGGUCCCUUAUGCUAAGGGUCCUUGCUGGGAAUCCGCCAUCGGGAAGUGCGAGUAUGAGCCGUUUGAGGCAUACCGGAUACAGUUGUUCAACGAUGCACCGCACCCCAUCAAUCCUUUUACAUUCGUUUCCGCUGCCGCCGAAGAACGUCAAAAUGUCAAAGUUGAUCUGAACCCGCCUGACAAAGUAGCAGUCGAUCCUAGUCUGGGGGCCGCUUCACACGGGAAACGUGCUGGUAUAACUCAAACUCGUAAAGCGCCACCUUUUCCCGAUGAGCAUCUUGGCGCGUUGCUCGCAAAGGUCACCACGCUGGCCACGCCGAGUUUGAACUUCCUUGUUGAGAGCAUAUACCAGGAUCUUCGCAUUCAUAAGGUAAAGAAAAAUGCCAUAGAAGCUAAAGUGCGAGAAGUCUGCGAGAAGUCGAAGGACAAGGUGUGGGUAGUGAGAGAGGCAAUACCGGUACAGCACGGAAUAAUUCAGAGACCCUGAUAUAAAUAUUGGUUUUAUAGCAUACCAUAUAGUUAUUAUAACAUACAUUGAACCCACUGCAGAAUACAACAUGCAUCGUGAACAACUCCU